ACAUGUAUCAGCGUGCAGAGAUAUGCCUGCCCCGAAAGAAGAAGGUUCGAGAAGCAUUCCGCUCAAACACCUUCAGGAUAUUUGAUGAAAAAGCCCCAGAGCGAUUAAAUCCCGAUGAAGUGAUCAAAGACCACAAAUAUGCAUCCCGAGAUCCAGAAGUGACAGAGACGCUAAAGACACACAAUGUCCCACAGCCUUACAAUGUCAAAUUCAUCAGGACCAACGUGAGGUUCCUCAACGAGCCUCUUGUUCAUAUGGAAACGGAGAACACGAAGGACGAACAGUCUAAAUGGUGGCUGAAUACACCAGAGAAGAACGACCCUAGAGAAACAGCAUACAGCAUGGAGAGUACUCAGAGGCGUGACUACCAACUACCAACACACAUUCCAGUGACCAGGGUUCGAGAGGAAAGAAAUAAGCUUUCAGCUACUGGAAUCAUUCCAACACUAAGUCCUCUUGGCCAGCCUAAAGAACUUGUGGAGCACAUGUCCUUCAUUCACCAGUAUGACUCCAGGAGAAUUCACAACCAACCCUAUCAAGGAAAACGUCAUGGAGCUUUUGUGUGGAGCGAGAGGGGGGCAAUGGGGCCCAGUGCAUUCCAGAGCUCAGAGGGGCUUCGUUCAGACUCAGAGGGGAAAACAUACAAUAUGAACUCUUCCCAGCAUGCCCUUCAGUCCUCUCCACAGAUGUUUGUGUCCACUGGGACCUUCUUCCCCCAGUCAAGCCCUGACAAUGGGAACUCCUACAACAGGAAUGGCAAGAGAGCAGGUAUCCCUACUUAG